CGGAUUUAGUGACAUCCCUAAAGGCCUUCGUUGGAUUUCGUGUUUGUACUGGAAAUUGAUUGUUUAUUCUUGAUUUCUGCCGGUAUUUGUGAAUUCUCGCCAUGUCGGUGGUGAUAGAAACCACACUGGGCGACCUGACCGUCGACCUAUUCACCAGCGAGCGACCCAUCGCCUGCCUGAACUUCCUGAAGCUGUGCCGGCUGAAGUACUACAACUUCAAUCUCUUUCACACGGUGCAGCAGGGCUUCAUCGCCCAAACCGGCGAUCCCAGUGGCGCCGGAGACGGCGGCUCCUCCAUUUGGGGAGUGGUGGAAGGCAUGCACAAGCGCUUUUUCGCCGAGUACCUGCCGAGGAUUCACCACUCCAGCGCCGGAAUGCUAUCGCUGGUCAGUGCCGGAAAGAAUCUGGUGGGCUCGCAGUUCUUCUUCACGCUGGGCGAGAACCUUUCCUCGCUGGAUGGGAACCACUGCGUAAUCGGUGAGGUGGUGGAGGGUCACGAGGUGCUGCGCAAGCUAAACGAUGCCAUUGUGGACGACUUCCGCCCGUACCAGGACAUUCGCAUCACGCACAUGGUGCUGAGGAUCCCUUUCCCAAUCCCGCGGUCUUCAGGCUCCCAGUCGUCGCCGUCACCCAGUGCGGAGCGCCUGAAGAACGGACGCAUAGCUGCCGACGAGGACAUCGACGACACGGAUGGCAUGAUGGAGGAACUGCAGGAAAUGAUGGCCGAACGGGAGGCCAAGGCGCGAGCCACAAUCCUUGAGAUUGUCGGCGAUCUGCCGGAUGCGGACAUGGCCCCGCCAGAAAACGUUCUGUUCGUGUGCAAACUCAAUCCGGUUACCACCGACGAUGAUCUGGAGAUCAUCUUCAGCCGCUUCGGCGUGGUCAAAGGAUGCGAAGUGAUUCGCGACCGCAAGACAGGCGACUCCCUGCAAUAUGCCUUUGUUGAAUUCGAGGAUCAGAAAUCUUGCGAGGCUGCUUACUUAAAUGGACAAUGUUUAAUCGACGAUCGACGCAUCCAUGUGGACUUCUCUCAGUCCGUUUCGAAGGUCACCUGGCGGGGCAAAGGACGAGGCGUUGGGCGACGAGGCAAGCUGGACUUUGACAAUUUACGAGACAACAACGAUCGCAGAAAACCCAACAACGGCCGGGGCCAAGAGGACAGAGAUCCCAAGAGGUCGGAGGAUGCUAGAAGCCGGUUGGGCUCUGGACGAAGAAAGGCAAGGGAGCAGCGUCACCAGGAGCAGAACAACCGAGAUGAUCGCAAGAAUGUGCGAAGACGCUCACGAUCGAGGGAGCAAAAAGAUCGACGACGCUCUAGGUCUAGACAUUCCGACAAUGGCAAAGCCAGGGAGAACUUUGAUCGAAAUCGUUUUAAUGACAGAGAGAGGAAUCGCAACGAGAGAAGACCUUCAAGGACCAGGGAUCUGCCGCAAAGAAUUCGUUCUAGGUCAAGGGACCGAGCAGGAAGGCGUUCUAUAUCUAGAGAUCAAACAGAUAGGAGACGAUCUAGGUCAAGGGAGCCAAACGAAAGGAGGCGUUCUAGGCCAAGAGAUCAAGGAAAGAAGCGUUCUAGGUCCAGAGAUCGCUAUGAUAGCAGGCGGGUCGACUCGCCCCAAGACAGAAGGCGCCACGAAAAUGGAGGUGCUCCAUAUAAAGAAACAGUCAGGAACAACAAGAGAUCCCCAGAACGAAGACGGCAAUCGAGGGGAUGACCGGACCGAUAGAACAAGGAAGAAAAGUCCCGACGGAAGCGAAAAAAUUCAGUGGAAAAGAGCAAAAAAAAAGAUAAAAAGAAAUCUAAACGUGCACCUAGCACUAGUUCAGACUCGAGCGAAAGUUCCUCGGAAUCCGAGAGCGAUUCGGACUCCACAUCCUCAGAAAGUUCCGAGGACAGCUCAUCAUCGGACGAGCGCAGCAAGCGCAAGAAAAGCAAGAAAUCCAAGCAGAAGUCCAAGUCAAAAAGUAGUCACAAGUCCAAAAAGAAACAUAGGAAAUAAAGUUAAACGACAUUCUUGAUCAGAACAAAACGAUCUUGACUAAAGCUAAA